UUUAAAAGGUAGAGAAACACUGAGUGCUUUUACAGGACGAGGCGAAUUAACAAAUUUUAUCUGUUCCACAAGAAGAUUCCAAAAAGAAUGACAAUAUUUAUAAUUUCGAUGAAAGUUUAAAGAACUUGAUACCUGCAUCAUUAAUACAGAGACAAAAAAAAAUGACGGAGACAUUUGAAAAUUAUGAAUUAAUUGCACAAGGUGCAGAGGCAAGACUUUAUAAAGGAACCUAUUUAGAUAGGCCAGUGUUGAUAAAACACAGAUUUAUCAAGAAAUAUAGACACGAAAUGUUGGAUAAAAGUUUAGCUAGCCAUCAAAUUAAAAGUGAGGCACGUGCAUUGUCUCGUGCUACAGCUGCAGGAGUACUAGCACCUACUAUAUAUCAUGUCGAUCUAAAUCGAAGAAAUAUUUAUAUGGAAUAUUUAAAUAAUACAAUAACUGUGAAAAAAUUUAUAGACGAAAAUAUUUCUCAACAGGAAACAUUUUGGCAAUUAACAAAAUUAAUUGCCAAAAUUUUGGGUAAUUUAAUUGGAAAAUUACACAGUGAAAAUAUUUUUCAUGGCGAUUUAACGACAUCUAAUAUUCUAUUAAGAGACAUUAGCAAUGAAUCAAAAGACAUUAGAAGAGAUCAAGUAAUAUUAAUAGACUUUGGUCUAGCACAUGUAAAUUGUUCAGUGGAAGAUUCUGCGGUCGAUUUAUAUGUACUCGAGAGAUCAUUAAAAAGUGCACAUUCAAAACUGCGGGACUUAUUUGCUAUUAUUCUCGAAGGUUAUUUUGAAAGUUACAUAGAGAAAAAACAAGAAGAAAGAGGAAAACAAGUUCUAAAUAAAUUAAAAGAAGUGCGAUCGCGCGGUAGAAGACGAGUGAUGAUUGGCUAAAUGUAUGAAAUUAAAAUGUAAUAAAAUUAUUAUUUAAUUAUAUUUCAUAUUUAAAGUUCGAAUUUGUCACCUGUGAAUUCAGAAAAAAUGGUAAGUUAAUAAAUUAGUAAUUAAAAUAAAGGACGAUAAGUAUUUCAGUCUGCAGUCUUUAUAACUUAGAACAUCGUCUAUUUUUUUUUUUUUUUUUUUUUUUUGUACAUAAUUUGUAAAACUCACGUAACAAUUUUUUUGGCAAGCUGGUUUAUACAACAAUGAUUAAAAAACAUUUGAUCCAUAUAUUAAAUGCACAUUUGUUCGCAGACAUCCAUCACUUUCCUCCUUUUAUUUUUUUUUUCUUAGCUCGUAAAGGAGAAUUAAAUACCGCUUGCUAUUGAUUCAGUCAUGAGUACAAGUACUGCAUUUUUUGUUUUUAUUCAAAAUGUAGACCAGAAUAUAUUAUUAUCCAUGUUACC